AUGACAACUAAAUCUAGACCGAUAACAUUAAAAUCCAAUGCUGGAAAAUUGUCGCCAUCGCUUUCAGUGAAUAAUACUUCGCUACCAGCCCAUUCAUCCACAUUAAGUCAACAAUUUGCAGACAUUAUUCGACGUUAUAAAUAUCAUUUACAACAUAUUCAACGGUUACUCAAAGAAACAGACAAAUCCUAUGAUGAAAUCAAUGAAACACGUGUUCUUACAUCUGACAAAAUUUCUACGAUGCAAAUAUCAAAAUCUGAUCGCGAAUAUCUUGAUGCAUUAAAAACACGACCAUUAGCAUUAAUCAUUUGUUCGCAAACCUACAGUGGAAAAUCAAGAUUUGUUAACGAGUUACUAAAUGAAACUCUACUGCCGGAAUCGCCGCAUAUUAAUAAAAAUGAUGUCGUACGAAUGGUUCGAAUCAAGAAUCACGCAACACAGGGCGCUAGCUUAAAUAUAGCCGGUUCAUUUGAAUGGAUAGAUGCUGACAUUAUGUACAAACCUGUAUCGUGGACAAGUGUGCCUCGUGAGGAUCUAGUUGUAAAUGGUGCUAAUAACUGUCGUUCAUUAAUGGAUACUGAUAACGUAACAGAUGAUUUCGAACAACAAGAAACAGCCACGCUGGAAAUACGUAAACCAUUGGAUUUACUUAAUGAUGAUUUGCAAAUAGUUGUAACACCGAGUAAUCAAAAAUUAAAUAUGAAACAAAUCUAUACACAAAUAACGGAAAAUAUUGUACCAAUAUUUAUCUAUAUUAUCGAUCAAGAAAUACUGUCCGCUAAUGAUAUUGAUGAAUUAAGAUUUUUUCGUUCUAUUGUACCUAAUGAGCCGAUUUUAUUCAUUCGUAUUGAUCAAUCCGAUAACGCAUCGAAUACCAGUGAAACGCCGUGUGUUCAAACUUUCAGACAACUAUGUGACCUUGGUUUUCUGUCAUUUUUGAGCACUGAAACGACGGAUAAUACGUCAGACACAACUCCUCUUUUUCAAAGUGAUAUGAUUGAUAAUGGCCUAAUUAAUUUUACACAUUUUCUUAAUUAUAUUCUUAAACACAUCGAUCGAUUAAUGAUUCGAGCUGUGAGCAUUUUACAACGAUCACACGAGAUUUGUUUAGAUCUUUUCAAUGACAGUGCAUUUGAUAUGGCCAGAGAUAUACUUGUUACGCCUAAGCGCUUGAGUUACGCACGUGAAAAAGAAAAAAAUCUGUAUGAAUCAUUGGUUGCACUAACAAAUUCUAAACAAAAUGAAAUUCAAAAACUAAUUCUACAAGCCGUAGAUGAAAUGCAUGAAGUGCUAACAGACGAAGCUUGUUCACUUGAAAUUCCAGGUAUCGAACUAACCGAUCAGUUAACUGUAAAACAUGCAAGAGAUUUGAAGAAAUGUACCAGCGUUAUACAAGAACAAAUUCUUGUGCGAUUGAAUGAAAUCAUAGCAAAUAAAUUGCUAGAUUCGAUUAAUGUUCUACACGAUAAUUAUGUUGGCACGUUGACACGUUGUCUUAUUAGUUUAGAAAGCAGUAGGGAUGAUGAUGAAGCGGAGCUAUCAGCAAGCAAAGCAUUGCAAGAGAUUCUUCAUUCCGCAUACGAAGUCAAUCUAUCGUUACCCACCAAUUCAAAUUUAUUUCAAAUAUUAAUUGAUAGAAUGAAAGAAUUGUUUCGAACAUUCAGUUGGCAUAAUUUUCCUCGUAUUGAUCCAGAAUUCAAACGUUCCGUUGCACUCAAUAUGUUGAAUAGUCUUAGUGAAGCAAAGUUAGCAAAGAGUGUUUGUUCACAAUUAAAUGAUCGUAUUCGAAUGUCGCACGAUAAUUUUGAAACUCUACUCAAACAACUUGAUCAUCGUCAUACGGAUCGUCUGAAAUCAACUGAAGAUAAGCAGCAGCGUGUACGAAAAGAUUGUACACCUAGAAUAGCUCGACUAUUACUUGAAAGUACAUCGUUAAAAGAUCUUAUUCAAUAUGGUUUACCAAAGCAAGGACGUGAAAUCGGACGAGGACAAUACGGUGUUGUUUAUGAUUGUAAAAAUUGGGCAAAUCAUCAAUCGUGUGUAUUGAAAUCGGUUGUACCGCCGGAUGAUCGACAUUGGAAUGAUCUGGCUUUAGAGUUUCACUAUUUAAGGCGAAUUCCGGAACAUCCACGAAUUGUUCAAUUGAUUGGAUCGGUCAUUGAUUAUUCUGAUAGUGAUCAAACGCCCGUUUUACUCAUUAUGGAAAGACUCAAACGUGAUUUGUAUGGAGCCUUAAAAAGUCGACUCGAAUUUUCGAUUAGAAUGCAUAUCGCUUUGGAUGUUGUUGAAGGUCUAAGAUAUUUACAUGGUUUGGGUCUUGUACAUCGUGAUAUAAAGUUAAAAAAUGUCUUGCUAGAUGAAGCCAACCGAGCGCGCAUUACUGAUCUUGGCUUUUGUAAACCCGAAGUCAUGAUGAGCGGUUCUCUUGUUGGCACACCGAUUCAUAUGGCACCGGAAUUGUUUACAUCAAAAUAUGAUCAUACAGUCGAUGUCUAUGCAUUUGGCAUAUUGUUUUGGUACAUAUGUUCCAAUGGUGUUAAAUUACCAACGAACUUUGAUGUUUGCUCGUCAAAGGACAUUCUUUGGUCAGCAGUAAAGAAAGGCGUAAGACCAGAACGCUUAAUGGACUUCAGUGAUGAAUGUUGGGAAAUAAUGACAAAAUGUUGGGACACUGAACCAUCUCGCAGACCAUACCUAGGUGAAGUUCAAGAGAACAUUGAACAAAUUCUUAAUACUACAAGAACAACGACGACUGCUUAG